AUGACUUCAGGGCCGUAUCUGGAAAACUAUUUGGACAGUUUGAAGAACCUUCCGGUUGAAUUACAUCGAAACUUCGAUCUGAUGCGAGACCUCGACUCGAAAAUUCAAGAACUGUUGCGCAACAUUGAUAAAUUGGCCAACGACUAUUUAUCAAAUAUCAGAAGAUACUCUGUAGAAAAAAAGAACGAAACUAUGACCCGUAUACAACGUGGGUUUGACAAAGCCAAAAAAUAUGGUGACGAUAAAGUUCAACUGGCGAUGGAAAAUUAUGAAUUGGUGGAUACAUAUAUUAGAAAACAUGAUUCAGCUUUCGCAAGUUAUGAAGCCGAAAUUGAAGACAAAGCUAUCAGAAAUAUAGAGGAAGGUUCAAAAAAACGAAGACAAAAGAAAACUAAAGACAAAGAUGUUAAAAAUAAAAGUGCAUCAAGUGAAGAAGAAACCGUUACUAAGAAAUCUGAAAAAAAACAAUUGAAAAAAGUAGGUGCAAAAUCGACCGGUUCCGCAACUAGAAAAACACCUUUGGUCAGUGUUGUCACUAGUCCGACAAAUUCUACCAAUAGCAUAGCCAGUGUUACAGUAGACACUAGUUCUCUUACUGGUGCAUUGGUCGGUGACGGAGUUGCUCACUCGGCUGAAGUAUUAGACAUGCCUGUUGAUCCAAAUGAACCGACAUACUGUUUAUGCGACCAAGUUUCCUAUGGUGAAAUGAUAGGCUGCGAUAACCCAGACUGUUCUAUUGAAUGGUUCCACUUUGAGUGUGUCGAAUUAAUUAAGAAGCCCAAAGGAAAAUGGUUCUGCCCAAUAUGUAUUACAGACAGAGUGAAAAAAUAA